UGAGAGGUGAUCAAAUACAUAAAACUAUUAUUAAGUAAACAUCUAAGGGCCGCGAGAUCAAUCAUCGACGGCUACAAAUAUUGCCUCUCAAAAUCUUCGACACUGCUUCCAAAUGCUGUGAUAAAAUGGAUUCCACCAUUUCAGGCUCUGCUACAAUCACCAGUCCCAGUUUCCGCUGCUUCGAUCCUACAAACUCAUUCCCUGAUAUAGUUCCCAAUCACAAGCGCUACAUCUUCUCCAACUCGCUUCCCAAUUCCACUCCCAGAGAAAAUUCCAAGGCUACAAUGGGAAUUUCUAUCAAUUCCGAGCCUAAAGUCGUUGCCGGUCCCGCUGGCUACGUUCUUGAAGAUGUUCCUCACCUAUCUGAUUACAUCCCUGAUCUUCCUACACAUCCCAAUCCAUUGCAAGAUAAUCCUUCUUAUUCAGUGGUUAAGCAAUAUUUUGUUAAUGUCGGUGAUACAGUUGCAGAGAAGAUUGUUGUUCAUAGAAGUAGCCCAAGGGGGACACAUUUUCGACGUGCCGGACCCCGUCAGAAGGUUUAUUUUGAAUCAGAUGAAGUGUAUGCCUGUAUUGUAACGUGUGGUGGUCUAUGCCCUGGUCUAAAUACAGUAAUUAGAGAAAUAGUUUGCGGCUUGUAUGACAUGUAUGGUGUCCACAGAGUUCUUGGAAUAGAGGGAGGAUACAGAGGUUUUUAUGCAAGAAAUACGAUCCCUUUAACGCCAAAGGUUGUGAAUAACAUCCAUAAGCGUGGUGGAACCAUCCUUGGGACAUCUCGUGGUGGUCAUGAAACCUCAAAGAUAGUGGACAGCAUUCAGGACCGGGGCAUUAAUCAGGUUUAUAUAAUUGGAGGAGAUGGAACUCAGAAAGGAGCUUCAGUGAUUUUUGAGGAAAUCAGGAGGCGUGGCCUCAAAGUUGCUGUGGCAGGAAUUCCAAAGACCAUUGAUAAUGACAUUCCGGUUAUCGACAAAUCCUUUGGCUUUGAUACGGCUGUUGAGGAGGCUCAACGAGCUAUCAACGCUGCCCAUGUUGAAGCUGAAAGUUUUGAGAAUGGUAUUGGUGUUGUCAAGUUAAUGGGUCGCUACAGUGGAUUCAUAGCUAUGUAUGCUACUCUUGCCAGCCGAGAUGUGGAUUGUUGCCUGAUUCCGGAAUCACCCUUUUAUCUUGAAGGGCGAGGAGGACUUUUGGAAUACAUUGAGAAGAGACUCAAAGAGAAUGGGCACAUGGUUAUAGUGAUAGCAGAAGGUGCAGGCCAAGAUCUUCUUUCUGAAAGUAUGCGUAGUUUGCACCGGCAGGAUGCUUCUGGAAAUAAGCUACUCCAAGAUGUUGGUCUGUGGUUAUCACAGAAGAUUAAGGAUUACUUUGCAAAGCGGCAAAAGUUGACUAUAAAUCUCAAAUAUAUUGAUCCAACAUACAUGAUCCGAGCUGUUCCAAGCAAUGCAUCAGAUAAUGUCUACUGCACUCUCCUUGCUCACAGUGCGAUUCAUGGUGCGAUGGCAGGAUACACAGGCUUCACAAUUGGCCCAGUUAAUGGAAGGCAUGCUUACAUACCAUUUAAUAGGGUGAUAGAGAGACAAAACAAGGUAGUGAUAACAGACAGGAUGUGGGCAAGGCUACUAUCUUCAACAAAUCAGCCAAGCUUUGUGGACCCUAAUUCUAAACAUUUCCUUGGAGACCAAAAAGAGGAAGAUACAACAUCCCAAUCAUUAGAAGCGCAUAACGGCCCUAAAGAGAACAACAAUGUCUAAGCGAAGUGACAUGCUAUUAAUUCUCUUCCCCCCCACCCCCCAAAAGUUCCUAUAUGGCGCCCUAAAUCUGGUGGUGUUUUAUGAGGUUUUAGGGUGAAUAAGCCCUUGUUUGGUAAGAGAUAAAUGUUUGGUAAUCAUAGCUGUAUAGCAAAAUAUUAGAGGUAAGACAUUCUAGGUUAAGCAGUACCAAUGUAUCCAUUAAUAUAUUUGUGGAUCAAAUUGGUAAUCGGAAGUUGGGAAUACUUUUUUCCUUUGUUGCUUGUU